UUACAAGAAAAAAUGCAAGCUCUUCAUACUGUGUUCUCAUAUAAUAUAAUAUAAUGGCUGCUUUCCUUUUAUUAAUGUUCGUUUUUGCUAGUCAGGUGAUUGGUGGAUUCAAUACAAAGCUACCACCUCCUGCAUAUGGAAGUACAAUAACCAUACUCAACAUUGAUGGAGGUGGUAUUAAGGGAAUUCUUCCUACGGUUGUUCUUGAGCAUUUAGAAAAGGCUCUUCAGAAUGUGACAAAAGAUGAAAACGCAGCAUUGGCGGAUUAUUUUGAUGUGAUAUCAGGGGCUAGCACAGGAGGACUCAUUGCUGCUAUGCUUGCUGCUCCUCAUCCAAACGACCCUUCUCGCCCUGCACUUUAUACUCCUGAAAUCUUAAAAUUCUACUUAGACUUUGGUCCUUCUAUAUUCAAUCAAACUUCCGCUAGAUGGUGGUUUAACCUUUCCGAGCGUCCAAAGUAUGACGGGAAGUUCUUACAUGAUAAAGCACGUGAGAUAUUGCAAGAAACACGAUUGCAUGAUACAUUGACCAAUGUUGUAAUCCCAACCUACGAUAUCAAGAAAGUCAAACCAAUUGUUUUUUCAAGCUUCAAGGUGGAGAAAGUUCCAGACCUAGAUGCAAAAUUGUCGGAUAUAGCCAUUGGGACUUCAGCUGCACCAACCUUACUACCUCCUUAUGGCUUUAAGAAUGGUGAUAUUGAAUUCAAUUUAGUUGAUGGUGCUCUAGUUGCAAGCAGUCCGGCAUUGCUUGCAGUGAGUGAAGUGAUAAAACUAUUAGAGGAAAAGAAUUCUGAUUUCAUUUCUGUGAAUGAAAAUCAACCUACCAAAAUCCUCUUGUUAUCAUUAGGAUGUGGAAGAGAUGGAGAGGAUAAGGGGGUUAAUGCUACAUAUGCAACAUCUUUUAGGGCAUUAAUAGAAUGGCCACAACUGAUACUUCCAGCUAUUGCUGGUGCUGUUGGAGAUAUAAAUGAAUAUCAUCUUGAAUCAAUAUUUCCAAGUCACCGGUCUUCAGACAAUUACUACCUUCGAAUUGAGGAGUAUAAUUUAGAUCCAUCCAUAGGAGGCGAUGAUACUACCAAAGAAAACCUGGACAAACUUGUAAAGGCAGGAGAGGACUUAUUGGAAGAAACUGUUAAGGUCAUGGAUGUUACUUCUUUUGUCCCAUACGAAAAACCAACUGAGGGUACAAAUGCUCAGGCUCUUGAAAGGUUGGCUGAAACUCUCUACAAGGAGAAGCAGUUGCGUUUGAAAACGAAAUCAAUGGAGAAAAUAAAAUCCAUGGAGAAAAUGGGACGACCAUUUGUUGAAGCAGUUGUCUCUGGAAUGAAAUAAAUGCCAAAUGUGUCUAUAUAUAAUGAAGCAUGCUUGUACUAUAUACGUUGCAAGUUCUCUAUAUGCAUGAUGUGAAAUAAAUAAAACAAUGUAUCUGUACCUUUCGUGUAUUCGGUCUUGUUAGGUGUGUGGAUGUGACUUUGUUUUUUUUAGAGAAUAAGAGUUAAGGAUUUGAUAGCACUUUGUACUCCUUGUAAUACUUUUGCUUAUGAAAAGAAUUUGGUCCUUUCCUCCUUU